AUGGAAAUCAUUACGGAGAGGUUCUACUCGAACCUUUUCCGUUCGUCAACUCCUGUGUCAAGCCUGAUCAUCCCCACUGGUGAAGCUCCACCACGGAUUCUCCCUUCGGAAGUGCGAGUCGCUAUCAAGAGCAUGAAACCUGGCACAGCCCCCGAAACUGAUUUUAUAUCAGAAGUCUUUCUUCGGGCCAUCCACUUCAUGCAAUCCUACCUUCAGAAAGAAAGAAUCCCAGACCAGUGGAAGACCUCGCAAACCGUUCUUAUCCAUAAGAAAGGUGACCGAGAGGACCUUCGGAACUACUAUCCGAUAUGCUUGCUGAGCGUGUUAUACAAACUAUUCACCAAGAUCAUCCUCACGCGCAUAUCUAGGACGCUGGAUGAAGCCCAGCCUCAAGAACAAGCUGGUUUCCGUCAGGGGUUCAGCUGCUUGGACCACAUCCAGAACGUGUCGACGGUCAUAGAGGUUUGCUGGGAAUACCGCCUGUCUCUUGUUCUAACCUUCGUCGACUAUGAGAAAGCCUUUGGCAGCGUAGAAACGAAUGCAAUACUGUCAGCGCUGGUCGAUCAAGGUGUGGACGAGUCGUAUGUGAGGACAUUAGAAAAUUGCUACGAUCGAUGCACCACUAGGAUACAGCUUUUCCACCGCCCUCUCACCAUACCCAUUGGAAAGAAGGUACGACGAGGCGAUACCAUAUCGCCGAAGCUGCUCACGGCUGCAUUGCAAUGGAUAAUGAAAUCACUUUCCUGGGAAGAAAGGGGCAUACGUGUUGAUGGAAGAAUCCUGUCGAACCUUCGUUUCGCGGACGACAUCGUUCUCCUUCCGAGCAGUAUCAAUGAAACAGAAACGAUGCAUAACGAAUUGAACGAAGCAGGGAGGAAAAUAGGAUUGCGAAUAAACAGAAAGAAGAUGCAGUUCAUAAAGAACGCCUACUGCGAGGACGGAGGAGUACAACUUGAAGGCUCCCAAAUCGUGGAAACUCCGUCAUACGUAUACUUCGGACGUUCUAUGAACAUGAAAAACGACUUGAAGGAAGAACUGAAUAGAAGAAUGAGAGCAGCAUGGGCAGCAUUUGCAGCCGUCAGGGAAGCUACGGACCAAGUGACGGACCAAGAUCUUCGUGCCCAUCUGUUCGACUCAACAGUCCUUCCAGCGCUCUGUUACGCAGCGGUGACGUGGGCAGACACCGCUGCCACGUCUAGAAAGCUACUCACUACCCGCAGAGCACUUGAGAAAUGUCUUCCGAAGUUUAACCAUCGCACACAACGCCUCGCCGGCCUUCGCAGCUCCGAAUUACUAACAAUGUUUCGUCUUCGCAAUCCAGCGGAAUAUGUAUCGAAAGCAAAACAUAUAUGGGCCGGUCACAUCAUGAGAAGAAUCGACGAUAGAUGGACUAAAAGAACGCUAGAGUGGAUUCCAAGGGACGCUAAACGCCCCCGAGGGAGACUGCCAACGAGAUAG